AUGUUCAAGAAGUUCGGCAAGGCGGAGAUCCACUCGCGCUCCAACAUCAAGCUGUCCGCGCAGCGAGGCUUGAAGUCGAGUUUCACGGCGCAGUACGAGGACUUGGAGCCGGUCAUCGACUCCAUCAUCCCCAAGAAGUCCCAGGCCAUUUUGAUCAAGUGCGAGGAGAAGAUCCUGUUGUACUCGGUGGACGGCGAGGUGGUGGUGUUCCAGACCUUCGGCGACUUGGUGCCCACGUUGAAAAUCGUGCACAAGUACCCGGACUGCUUCCCCAAAGUGAAGGUGGACCGCGGCGCCAUCAAGUUCGUGUUGUCCGGCGCCAACGUCAUGUGCCCCGGCUUGACGUCUGCCGGCGCGCAGUUGCCCGCCGGAAACCUCGAAAAAGACGCCAUCGUGACCAUCUACGCCGAAGGCAAGGACACGGCCUUGGCCGUGGGCCGCUUGUUGAUGAGCACGGACGACAUCAAGUCCAUCAACAAGGGCAUCGGCAUCGAGUUGUUGCACUAUUUGGGCGACGGCUUGUGGUACCUCGACGAGAGCUCGUGA